GACGCACAUCCACAUUGCUCACCUGUCUUUCUUCUCCUCCUUCCUUUUGGCUUGUGUUACCUCAUUUCUAGCUUCUCUUCUCUCCCCACCUCUGAAAGUUCGGAACAAUGGCGUCAAAUUGAAAUCCCAAACCCAAGUCUGAAAUUCUCAAACCCGCACAAAAAAAUGGCAUCUUUACAACAACUGCUCGCCGAAGAAGGAUUCAAGCGCAGCAGCAGCAGCAGCAGGAAGCAAAAACAGGGGAGCUUCAGAAAGACGGUCGAUGACCCUGUCUUCAACUUCAAGUCUCCAGUCUACAUUUGCCAUGUCGAGAAAUCCGUCAAACCCAAUAGAACCAGCGAAAAUAUCUCGUCAAGAACGAGAAAGGCAAGCAUUGACAGCACCGGCGGUGGAGAGCCGGCGAUGGAUCAAAUCGCCGUCAAGGCAAUCGUCUCUAUACUCAGCGGCUACAUUGGAAGGUACACCAAGGACGCGGCUUUCCGGCAAAGAGUCCGGGAGAAAUGUAAUUCCUGCCUCGUCGGAAAAUCCAAUUACCCGAUCCUGACGAACAUGGAGCUCGCCGUCCAAAACGUCGACGAAUUGGUCCAGAACAGAGCAAUGGUAAAGAAGAAGGAACUGCUAAGCAAUUCCAUCCAGCUUCUGACGAUCGUCUCCUCGUUGAACUCCGAAAAACUCAGGAAACAAUCGACGGCUGGGAUCCCGAACUCGCAUCUCUCUUCCUGCGCCCAAUUGUACCUCUCCAUUGUUUACAAGCUUGAGAAGAACGACAGGAUGUCCGCAAUUCACUUGCUUCAGUCAUUCUGCGACGCUCCACUGCUUGCCAGGACCCACUUGCUUCCCGAUCUCUGGGAUCAUUUCUUUCUCCCUCAUCUCCUCCAUUUGAGAGUGUGGUAUCACGAGGAGCUCCAAUUGGUGUCCAGUUCACAGAGCUCUGAGAAAUGUCUGAAAUCGUUGUGUAGAGUUUAUAACCAUUCUAUGGAUUUCGGGACGCGUCAGUUUGCUCUGUAUUAUAAAGAUUGGCUCAAAAUUGGGGUGAAGUCGCCUUCGGUUCCUGAUGUUCCUCUGCCGGCAUCGAAACCCAGAAGGCGAAGUUCCAUGGAUUCUUCCGAUUCUCAGCUCUCUAUCAAUCGUAGCUUAUUUGAGUAUGUAUUUGGCCGAACGCCUCCCCACCAAUUGAAGGGCGAGGAGAAGGAAGUAUCGCCGGCUGCAGACAGCGACCAGGACGGCAAGUUCAUUGUGAGCAAGACGAAAGCGGAUUCGGGAUUAAGAACUACCCAAGAUUACAGUUGCUCGGAGAUGGCAUUGGCAGCGAGUGAUGGCCUGCAAAAACUAGAAUCCUCGAAGUUCUUCUCCUGCAGGAGCAUGGUGGCAGAGUGUGUAGUAGCGGCGGCGGAUGCAAAUUUAGCUCUGAAGAACAAUCUUUCUUCCCGCAGAAAUUCUCUAGACGAUUCGCAUCUCCGUUCAAGCCCACUGAGAAGACCGAUCGUUGAAAUAUGCACAUCCGACGUACUGAGCGAUUGCGAGGCGGCGAUCCACGAAAUCGCAAGGACGUGGUUGAAUUCCGGCGGCGACCCAGUAAUCGUCGACGCUCUGUCCAAGCAACCAGUGAUCGAAUCGAUGAUCGAGAUCCUCUACGCAUCGCAAGACGACGAAGUUCUCGAGCUGGUCAUCUCCCUGCUAGCCGAGCUAGCCUCCAGAAAAGAUCGAAACAGGGUGACGAUUCUGAACUACGACCCGCAGCUCGAGAUCUUCAUCAAGCUGCUGAAAAGCAGCAGUCUUUUUCUCAAGGCGGCGACUCUGCUUUACCAACUGAAACCCCUGGCGAAGCAAAUGAUUUCCACGGAAUGGGUUGCUCUGGCGCUCAGAGUUUUGGAGUUCGGCGAUCAAUUGCAGGUGCUUUUCACCGUCUUGUGUUAUCCACACGAGGCGGCGCUGUACUUCUUGGAACAGCUGAUGAGGGGCUUCGACGAAGACAAGAACUUGGAGAACUCUAGCGAAGUUGUGUCGCUUGGCGGGUUGAGCUUGCUGGUUCGAAGAUUCGAUAUCGGCGGUGUUAAGGAGAGGGAAGGGAUUGCGAUGCUGAUGUAUAGCUGCGUGAAAGCCGUUGGGAGUUGUAGGGAUUACUUAGCUGAGAAUUUGAGUAAAAGGUUUCUUCUUCAGCUGAUUGCUCUUGGGGUUAGGAAGGAACAGGGGAACAGAGGAUUUGCGUUUAGGUUGUUGACAGAGUUGCUCUGCCUCAGCAGAAGAAGUGAGAUUAUUAGGCUCUUGAUUCAAAUCAAUCAUGGGUUUGAUGAUGGGUUGAACGCAAUGCACAUCUUUCUCAGCUAUCUACAGCGAGCUUCUGCAGUGGAUCGACCAUUGGUUGCUGCAGUACUUUUGCAGCUUGAUCUUCUGGAGGGAGAUCCUAUGAAGCACAGUGUUUACAGAGAAGAAGCAAUUGAAGCACUGAUAGAAUGUCUGGAUUGCGAGAGAUGUGAUUCCGAGGCACAAGAACAAACGGCAAGAGCUCUGUUGAUGAUGGGAGGGAGCUUCUCUCACGACGGACAGUCAACGACAACAUCGACGGAGGAAUGGCUGUUUCGAGGGAGAUUGGACGAUUCCAUCGAUGGUAGUGACUUGAACGAGGAAGAGGAAGCAACGAUCGAAUGGCAGAGGAAACUGGUAACAGUGCUGCUAAACAGUGGAGGGCAGACAUUCUUGAUGGCUCUCUCCGGCGCAAUAGCGAAUGGAGUUCCCAAAUUAGCACGAACCAGCCUGUUCACUGUAUCUUGGAUGCAUUCAUUCGGCGACCGAAAGUUGAUACCUCCAGCACACUCCAUACUACUGUCACAACACACGGACAAACGGUCUCCUUCGUCGUUGUUGCAGAACCUCGUUCGCAAUCAAGAAUGUGUGUCUAUGCUUUGGACACUGGACAAGCAGUUGCUGGACCCUCUCCGGACGCGUAAUACAUUCCAACAACAAGAGCUGCUGCUGCUGGAAUGACGAGAGCGAUGCUUUUGUUCGAUUGCUGUACAUAGUACAAACCCCAAUUCUAGCCAACUUCUGGUCCUUACUUUUCCAUUCCAUUUGUGCUUGUUUCCUUCCUAUCUGUUCCGUAGAGAAGAGAAGAGAAGUGGACGUAGAUCUUUCAGAAUUUGGGUGGGGAAAUUUGUUUUAUGUUGUGUAGUCGCUGUCGGCCAAGGCACAUGGGGAAGGGAAGGAGGUCUCAUUCUUGGCCACGGCGGCCACUAUAAACUUGGCCUUGUCGCCUGUCGGCUAACUCGGUCAGUCAGGCGCAGUCCCACUCAGUGUGAAUUAUUGUUCGCCCAUCGUCGUCGUCAUCGCUUCCAGCUCGAGGAAUCUUAUUCUUGUGAUGGAGGAGGAUGAAGAUAUCCAGUGCUUGGACAAAUAUGCCAAAGUUUUGGAUAAUGGGUGUGAUCUUUUCUUUGUCCAUUUUGAAGCUCAUUAUUGUGGAAAAUGAUGAGCAAAUGCCAAGUAGAGACCCACUAGCUCUUCACGAUCUUAACAGUAACUACAUCAUUCUCGCAGUGGUGGAGAGAGAAAUCUGAAAAAAGAGAUGUAGAUUUAUGUUUAAGAGAUUUGAACAGAGUGUCUUUCCGGGCGAGUUCUCUUACCCAGCCUAUGAGUUAUCGAAGAGCCAAUUUCAGUGGCAAUUGCUUUCGUUCGAAUUCUGCCAUAAAGACAGUCUCUAAUAAAGGUAUUAUAAAUUUAAUUUACCCGAUACAGAAAAAACUUACUCUAUUUUUUCGAAAUGUGUUACAAAAUUUAUAUGUACAAAUAAUACAAUUUGGAGAGUUAAGUGCAGCUAUAGCCCCUCUUACCAAUAACGUGGCUCCACCACUGCAUCCUAAGCAUCCCUGGCAAGAGUGAGUCUCUCAUUCACCAGACAUCAAGCAACUUCUCAAACUUACCUAUCAGUCCACUGAUGAGUGUUUUGGAGGGAAAGAAGGGAAAAGGGAGACCGAGACUUGGCUAGCAGCCAGGUAGAUCGACGGAGGGAAAGAAACAGUCGGGCUAAACAGAAAAAUCGUGGUGGGUAAUCGCUAGAAAUAUAGGGGAGGAUGGACGGGAAACAGACGCAGAGAAGGAGCUGAAAAAAUGGGCAAUCGAUCUUGCCUGGAAGGAGGAGGAUCAAUGUGUACAUGCAUGCAAUCGAUGCUUGCCUAGCGUUAGUUCAAUAAGGCCAACUUGAUUUACUUGGCCAAUCGCCAGUAGGUCGACUGAGGAAAAUCACAGAUGGUAAUUGGUAAGGGUGGAGUUUCGGUUACCGGUUAACCGGCCGGUUAUCCACUAACCGAUAAUCGAAUUUCGAUCGGUGUUCGGAGGUUGGCCGAGAUGGUUCGGUUAACCGAAAAUCGAAAUAAAGGAAGUAUAUCCUUAUUUCGGUCGGUUAUCGGUAAGGGGGGCCGUCAGUUCGGUUAACCGAUAACCGACCGAUUGGUUACCGAUUACAACCAAACUAACCGAAGCUCCACCCCUAGUAAUUGGCAAGGCUAUGAUGAGAAACAAGGGUCUGGGGAAGAAGGAUGGGAUCUCGCGAUGGAAAAAACUAAAGAGGGUGUAAGGGG